UAAAAAAGUAUACCUGCACGGGCGUGCAUGUCAAAAUUUAGUUUUAGUUUGUUUUAUGCCUUGUCUCCUCUGCUUCAGGUAGCUAUUGAAUUUGGAUUGUGCGACACAGGGGCUAUUAAGAAAGAGGUUGCUCCAAAAGAUGGGAAGUUUGAUUUCAAGAUUUCAGAUCUACAAGCUAUGUUUCCUGAGGGAACAAUUGACAUUAAUGUGGAUAUGGCUUGUAAAGAGUUGCCACAAUGGGAAGAAUCUGUGGAAGACCUUAAAGAACGAUAUGUUAGUACAUUGAAGGUUCUUGCAGACAAGUAUCCUUCUGAAAAUUUGUUAUUAAUCACUCAUUGGACUGGAGUAGGUACUAUACUUUGCAAAUACUUCAAAGAUGCAACUAAGUACUUAGUAGAUUAUUGUGGUUCUGUUGAACUGAGAAGGCAGGUUUCCAAAAGUAAUGAAUCUGAGGAAUUUGAAGUGAUUACUAGUCAUGGUGUAGCUUUCAAGGACAACAAAGUCCCAAUCCAUGGUCCUGUAAUAACCUAAUCUUCGAUUUAGCCGGUUUUGUAUAUGAAUAUUUGGUUUCACAGGUUUGAUUCAAUAAAAUAACAUUAUGUAAACACGUAAAAAAGCAAAAACAUGAAAGGGUUUUAUUUGUAUUGUAUUUGUAUUUUCUUUUUAUUACAUGUAUUUGUAUUUGUA